CUUUCCUUACUGUCGGAAACUUCAACUACUACUCCCCCACCUCCCUCUUUACCAGAACAGCCAGACGAACCUGCAGCCAUGUCUGCGACCACUACCGAAACCGCUGCAAUGGAAAAGUACCUCUACACCCAAAGCCGUUCUUUUAUGGCUCCCAUCAAGCUCCGACUCGUCGUCUCCUACGCCGGCAGCAUAAUCCGUGGCAAUCCGUUCCUCUGCCUCCCUCGCGAUGUCCGCAACGACAUCUAUUCCUUCGCGCUCUCGCCGUCUGAUACUACCUGCGAACCACCCGCAAAUAUCGAUAUCCCGGAUACCGGCAAUAUCGUCUUUCCCGACCCCUGCGACGUUGACCCGGUCUUCAACCGCGAGAUCACUGAGCUGCUCUUCGGUCGCGUGGGUGAUUCUACUAGCGCGUUCAGGCCUUCGCAGUACGAAGCACGAAGCACAUACAGAACAAGUACUUACCUCGUCAUCACCUCGAAUAGGAGCAAAGCAACCAUCACCAUCCCCAGCGACGUCGCUGCCUACAACUUCCUCGUCUGGCUCGGCACCAACGCCCGUGCCACCUCUGUGGCCCUAUCGCACGGUCUCGUCAAGAGCAUCGAAUUCCUGAGCCUCGAAAUUAUGGAGAAAGGCAUGUUUACCUCCAACGCCACUAAGUUGAUGCGGAGUCUUCCUAUGCUCGAGACGGUCGCGCUCAUGGUCGAUCUGAGGAGCUUGCUGUUCAUGGAGGGCAAGAAUGGCGGUAAGGCCGUCGACGUGAGGGCUAUGGCUGCGAAGUACGACUUGGAGGGAUUGGUGCAGGUGCCAUGCUUGAAGACGGUCGUCUUGACACUCAAACCGUAUAUGGCGCUAGGGAAGAUGUUGAAGGAGCUAGGGAAUGAUGGAACCGAUGGAUUUUGGGGACUGCAGGACUGGAUCCAGGGAAGGAUUGCGAUGCGCGGUAGGGGUGUCAAUGUGAUCUGCCGUGGCGUUUAG